GCGGGGGCAUGGGGCCCUGGGGCUUCUGCACCUGCAUCCGGUGGGUGUGGUGAGACAUCUGUGCCUGGAGCGUAGCCCCGAUGUCACCUGGCCACUGGCCCCCCCGGGGAUGAGGGGCGCGGCAUCAGAGCCUGGCCCCUUAAGGGAAGAGCUAUAUAAGGUCCACCUGCAGGGGCUUGAGCAGGUUUUAGCAGCCCCGGCAGGAGGUGGAAGAUGCAAGAGGUCAUUGCUGGGCUGGAGCAGCUCACCUUCACCUUCGAGAAGGACGUAGAGAUGCCGAAGGGCACUGGCCUCCUGCCUUUCCAGGGCAUGGACAAGUUGGGCUCGGCUGUGUGCAGCUUCUUCGCUAAAGGGCUCUGUGACAAAGGGAAGCUCUGCCCAUUCCGGCACAACGGGGGAGGGGGGGGGGGAGCUGAUGGUAAGCACUGGCUCUGGGGCCUGUGUAAGAAGAGCGACCAGUGCAGUUUCUGGGACCAGUAUGACAUCACCAGGAUGCCCGAGUGCUACUUCUACUCCAAGUUCGGUGAUUGCAACAACAAGGAACGUGCCUUUCUCCACAUGAAGCCAGCUUUCAAGACCCGAGACUGUCCUUGGUAUGACCAAGGUUUCUGCAAGGAUGGUCCCCUCUGUAAGCACUGCCAUGUCCAUAAGACAAUGUGUGUUAACUACUUAGUGGGUUUCUGCCCCGAGGGCCCCCACUGCCAAUUUGCACGGUAAGUAUGACCCCUGGAUCAGCAAAUCCCACUUAGUACGGGGUCCGUUCUGUGGCUUCUAGAUCUAGAUCCUUCCAUACCUUCACUGGCCCAAGGUGGGAAAUGAAGUGUCUGGUGAGCAUCUGCCCAGUGUUUUCCUUGCUAGCUUACCCGGCACACCCACACCCCCUUCCCCCACUUGGUGCUGCACUGAAUACCCCAGGCUGAUAAUGUGUAUUCGUGUUGGGCAUGGACAUACAGCUCUUCACAAACUGUUCUAGAAAUGAGUAGAAACCCUUAACACCCACCCCAACCCUCUGCAGUUCUCCCUCAUCCCCCUGGCUGGGGUAUGGGCUCCUUUCCCACAGGGUUCAGAAAUGGGAAAUCUGCAGCAGGCUGACACGGAGCAUGCUAAUGAGCAGGUGACGGGGGUGAGGGUGGGGUGGGGUGGGUGGGGUGGGUGGAGCCAGGCUGUAAUCAUCUCUCUCUGCUUCCUUCAGUCCCAAGAUGAAUCUUUUUAUUCAACUCGAGCUACACGAAGGUGAGUGCAGGCAGGAAGGGGGCAGGUGUGUCUGGCUCUCUUUACUGCGCAUGCUCCCU